GAUGAAACAAAUUGUGAUAAAUUUCUCUGAUCUAAAUGAUGAAGACAAGAAAAAGUACAUUAAAUUUUUGGCAGAAAAUCAUAUAAGUGUAGAAAAUCAAUCAUUAAAGAAAUCUUAAUUGCCUUAAUAACAUCGUGCUAGAUAAUAUAGUACAUUGAGUGAUAUAGCAAAUAGCAAGGCAUUCACUCCUGCAAGUAAUUGUCUUUAUUUAUAUAGGAAGAGUCGUAGAAAUAGGUUUCUCAGCACAUUAAGACAGAUCAUUCAGUUGGAGCCAAAUUCAGUUAUUUGGAUGAGACUUAUCCAAAAAUAAUGAGCAAAAUAUCAAAUAAAGAUCUAUUAUCAAGACCUUUGAAAUUAAGUUUUAAUGAGCUUAGUCUCUUAAUAGAAGAAAUAUAUUAAAAAAAGUUUAUUGAAGAUUCUAAUCAAAUUGCCAAGAAUUAAAAAGUUUAAGAAAUAGCUUUUGUUGAUUAUGUUUAUGAAUUCCUAUUAAAUAAAUUUAAGCAUUCAAAAAAUUAAGUAAGGAUAGAAUUAUAUUAGUAAAUAAUCAAUUUCUUAGCAUCUGUAGAUUUACAUGCCUUAAAAAGAAAAGAUGUUAAUAUUUUCUAAUAAUUUCUGAAAUUCAAUAAGAAAGAAGUAUUGACAUUUUACUUGUUCACAAGAGCAGUUAUAUAAAAAGAAUUGAAAUUGUCAUUCUAUCAUCGUAAGUUAUUUUUGUUAUAUAAUUAUUAAAGCACUUAGAAAACAAGGGAUAGAUAGUAAUCAAUUACAAUUGAAUUAAAAAUAAGUUCAAUAAAUUUCGUUACUUUUAUAUGGAUCACCAGAGAAAUAUUAAGAAUUUAAGAAAUUCUUUCCUGGAAAUAAUAUAUCAGUAAGUGAAUUUUCAUUUGCAGCAAUUUUAAUUUAUGAAGCCUAACAUUAAACAAUUAAACAAAGACCAUUUUAAUAAUAACCUAGAUCAUUAUCUCCUCUUCAAUUUACAAAUUAUAAUGAUACUUUAGAAUAAAGAUAACCUGAUUCUCCUUUAUUUAUGUAAUCAGAAACAACAGUAGAGAAUAAUAGAUAAUAAAAUGAAACAUUCUUUUCUUCUGUUAUUUAAAGUGUUAAUAGUCAAAAGAAAUAAAAAUGGAAAGUGUAAAUAAAAUUUCAUCAAAUGCCUAGUGCUGUUAAUAAUGUGUAAAAAUUAAUAAAUGAAAAAUUGGAAUAAAAAUUAUCUGAUUUUAUUGAAGAAAUGCUGUCAGAAAUGGAAGAUCUUACUGAUUAUUAGAAAUAAUAAUGUGUAAGUGGAAUAGAAGAGAGAAUUGUUGAUACUGUGACCAUUCUUUUGGAUGCAAUCUAUAAAUUCGAUAAAUUAUUGUGGUAUAAAUGAUAUAUUUAUUAAGGUUUAAGAAAUUGAAUAAAUAGCCAGAUGAAGUUGGAUUAGAGUAUAUAGAGAAUUUAUAGAAGCUGUAUAGAACAUUAGUUAAGGCAAAACAACCUUUAGAUGAUCAAUUAGAACAACUUUGUUAAUAGAUGAUGCAAGUAAAUUAAUUAAUUAAUAAUUAAAAAAGACUCCAGAUUUGGCGAAAUAAAUAGGAAAUGAAUUAUUGCAAUACUUCAAUAAUUGUGAAUGAU